CAUUCUGCAGAUUGUUGCGCUUUUGCCCACAGUAAAACCCUAAUUCUCUCCAAUUCUGCCCCGACUCGCGCCUUUCUGCUUCUCUCGAAAUGGCGGAUUCUCCUAGGAGAAGGGAUUCACGAUCUCCUUCACCCUGGAAAGAACAGUCCAGGUCCAGAUCCAGAUCUAGGUCUAGGCCUAGGGCCAGGUCCAGGUCCAGAUCCAGAUCCUUGCCAAGGCCAAGAUCUCGCUCAAGGAGCCGUGGCAGAUCGAGGUCAAGAAGUCGUGGGAGGACCGAAGUUGAGAAUCCUGGAAAUACGCUUUAUGUGACUGGUCUAUCUACAAGGGUCACAGAAAGGGACCUGGAAGAGCACUUCUCCAAGGAGGGAAAGGUCUCCUCAUGUUUUCUUGUGGUGGAGCCCCGCACUCGUGUAUCUCGUGGUUUUGCCUUUGUUACAAUGGAAACCUAUGAAGACGCUGAUCGCUGCAUCAAGUACCUCAACCAAUCUGUUCUUGAGGGACGAUACAUUACAGUUGAAAGGUCCCGUAGGAGGCGACCAAGAACUCCCACCCCUGGACAUUAUCUUGGCCUGAAAAGCUCGAGGGAUUAUGGGCGGGACCGUGGUAGCAGGUACCAUGGGAGAGAUGAUUACGGGCACAGAAGGUCACCAAGACGGUCUCCUUACAGAGGAGGACGUGACUAUUCGCCUCGUGGGAGAAGAUCGAGGAGAGAUCGGUCUUACUCUCCAUACGGGAGCCCUGAAAGGAGGCACCCCCGUGGUUCAAGGUGAGCUAAUGGGAAUAUUAGCCAAAUGAUAUGAUCUGGAACACUUGUCUCCGUUUGAAGUAGGUAUGUGUAAUUUCGAUGACAGAUUGUCUCCGCUUUGGAUCUCUUUGUCAAACUAAUGUCCUCUUUUGUUGUGGGUUUGGUGCUUGAGCUUUCAGAAUGUAUGAGUGAGAACUACAAACUUUAUGGUGUUUUUAAGUAACAACAUUGCUUCGUUGUUACUUGUUAGCAUGAAGGAUCAUUUAAAUUAGGGUUCGAAUAU